CUAGUCUUGACAAUCUCAUAACUCCUACCAAGAGCUGUAAAAAUAUGUCUUCGGUUUCAGAUCUCUUCACCGACAACAAAACCAAUGUUACUCCUUACGCAAUUCUCAUCCUUACUGCUAUCUUUACGCUUCUCUGGUUCCUCUUCAAACGCUCGCCGCAACCGCCUCUACCGCCCGGACCGCGAGGACUACCUAUUGUCGGAAACCUCCCGUUUCUUGACCCGGACCUUCACACCUACUUCACAAACCUCGCUCAUGAACACGGUCCAAUCUUCAAACUCAAUCUUGGCUCAAAACUAACUGUUGUGGUCAACUCUUCAUCGCUGGCUCGAGAGAUCUUCAAAGAUCAAGACAUCAAUUUCUCAAACCAUGACGUCCCGCUCACGGCAAGAAUCGUUACCUAUGGUGGCCUUGACCUCGUUUGGUUACCAUACGGUGCGGAAUGGAGGAUGCUUAGAAAAGUUUGUGUUCUCAAGCUUCUUAGCCGCAAAACUUUAGAUUCUUUCUACGAGCUUCGACGCAAGGAAAUCCGAGAAAGAACGAGAUAUUUAUACGAGAAAAGUCAAGAAGGAUCAGCGGUGAACGUCGGAGACCAGUUGUUCUUGACGAUGAUGAAUCUAACGAUGAAUAUGUUAUGGGGAGGAUCAGUAAGAGCAGAGGAUAUGGAGAGUGUUGGAACAGAGUUUAAAGAAGUUAUUUCUGAGAUAACUAGGCUUUUGGGUGAGCCUAAUGUUUCUGAUUUCUUUCCAUGGCUAGCGAGGUUCGAUCUUCAAGGGCUUGUGAAGAAGAUGCGUGUGUCGGCUCACGAGCUUGAUGCCAUAUUCGAUAGAGCCAUCGAGCAAAUGCAUAAGUUUAAAAGUAGCGAUGAUGGUGAAUGCAAAGACUUUUUGCAACAUUUGAUGAAGUUAAAGGACCAAGAAGUCGACUCGGAGGUUCCCAUUACGGUUAACCAUGUCAAAGCCGUACUCGCGGAUAUGGUGGUUGGUGGUACUGAUACAUCAACAAACACAAUAGAGUUUGCGAUGGCCGAGCUUAUAAGUAACCCAAAGUUGAUGAAGAGGGCGCAACAAGAGCUAGACGAAGUUGUUGGAAAAGAAAACAUUGUUGAAGAAUCACACAUCACUAGACUUCCGUACAUACUAGCCAUUAUGAAGGAAACACUUAGACUCCACCCAACCAUUCCUUUGUUAGUCCCUCAUCGUCCAACUGAAACUGCGGUGGUGGGAGGUUACACCAUCCCGAAAGACACCAAGGUGUUCAUCAAUGUCUGGUCUAUUCAAAGAGAUCCAAACGUGUGGGAGAAUCCAACCGAGUUUCGUCCCGAGAGGUUUCUUGAUAAUAAAUCUUGUGAUUUUAGUGGAACCGAUUAUAGCUUUCUUCCGUUUGGAUCCGGCAGGAGAAUUUGUGCCGGUGUAGCACUUGCUGAGAGAAUGGUUUUGUACACUCUCGCCACCCUAUUACACUCGUUUGACUGGAAGAUUCCGGAAGGACAAGUGUUGGGUUUGGAAGAGAAGUUUGGAAUUGUCUUGAAGCUUAAAACCCCUCUUGUUGCCUUGCCCGUUCCGAGGUUGUCCAGUUCGAAUCUCUAUCUAUAGUAGCUAAGAUAGUUACAUUUGGUAAUUCAUAUAUUAACCAAGUUACUAUCGUCAUAUAAGUUUUGUAACGCACAACACUUAUCAAGGUAUUAAGAAAGAUGUCCUGUUGGCUUGCCAAACUACUACCAUCUCUAAAUUUGGA